AUGAUCCCUCCGAGCGGCGCCCGCCCGGACGGCGUGGACCGGCUGCCCCCGGAGGCAGCGAGCGCCGAGCAGCCGCCCUCUCCGGCAUCCACCGGCAGCCAGGAAUCCAAGCUCCAGAAACUAAAACGAUCACUUUCUUUCAAGACCAAGAGUCUACGGAGCAAAAGUGCUGACAACUUCUUCCAGCGAACCAACAGCGACGUGAAGCUGCAAGGGGACAUGCUGGCUGAGGUCAGCCCCAGCUCCAGCCCCCUCCCCGCCCCAGGAAGCCUGACGUCCACGCCCACCAGGGUGGGCCUGCACCCAGGCAGCAGCAAGGCCCAUGCCUUCCAGGAGCACAUCUUCAAGAAGCCCACUUUCUGUGAUGUCUGCAACCACAUGAUCGUGGGAACAAAUGCUAAGCAUGGAUUACGCUGCAAAGCCUGUAAGAUGAGCAUCCACCACAAGUGCAUGGAUGGCCUAGCACCCCAGCGGUGCAUGGGCAAGCUGCCAAAGGGGUUUCGGCGUUACUACAGCUCCCCCUUGCUCAUUCAUGAACAAUUUGGAUGCAUUAAAGAAGUUAUGCCCAUUGCCUGUGGCAAUAAGGUGGACCCAGUCUACGAGGCCCUCCGCUUCGGCACCUCCCUGGCUCAGAGGACCAAGAAGAGCAGCUCUGGCAGUGGCUCGGACUCCCCUCACAGAACCUCUACUUCGGACCUGGUGGAGGUUCCUGAAGAAGUCGAUGGGCCAGGAGAUGGGUACGACCUACGGAAACGCAGCAACAGCGUGUUUACGUACCCAGAAAACGGCACGGACGACUUCAGAGACCAAGCGAAGAACAUAAACCACCAGGGACCUCUUUCCAAAGACCCAUUACAGAUGAACACCUAUGUUGCCUUGUACAAAUUUGUACCACAGGAGAAUGAAGAUUUGGAAAUGAGACCAGGAGACAUGAUCACUCUUCUAGAAGAUUCCAAUGAAGACUGGUGGAAAGGGAAAAUUCAAGACAGGAUUGGCUUCUUCCCAGCCAACUUUGUUCAGAGAGUACAGCAGAAUGAGAAGAUUUUUAGAUGUGUUAGAACCUUCAUUGGGUGUAAGGAACAGGGGCAGAUAACACUGAAAGAGAAUCAGAUCUGCCUGACUUCUGAAGAAGAACAGGACGGCUUCAUCAGAGUCCUCAGCGGAAAGAAGAGAGGCCUUGUUCCCCUGGAUGUCCUAGAAAAUGUCUGA